GCUCGGUACAAGUCUGGGUUUAUUGAAACAAGCAGACACAUGGAUCGUCCAGCAACACUGGUUAUGUAGUUUCACAGACAGGAGAGUGAUGUUCAAAGUUUGUUGCUAUGGUGAGCGAAAUGGUUUCCCGAUUAGAAAUCUGAGCUCAAGAAAAUGAGUCUUCAACAACUUCUCGAUGCAAACUGGACAUUGGGACCAAGCAGUGGUCAAGCCUUGCUAGUCCAGAGUUCUGAUGACAUAAAUAUGUUAAAGGCUCGUAAAGAUUUCAACCAUCUGGUCUACACGACCUCUCGCCGUCACCGUUAUGAAAUGACCCGAUCUCUUCCAAGUGUAUUAACUUCAUCAACAGACCAAGGCAUCAGAUUUGAUGGUCGUAAGGCGAUCGUUUUUCUCAGAAGACACAGUGAAGGUCAUCUUGGUGUGGGUAUCCAGGGAGGUCAAGAGUUUAACUCCCCUGUUGUUGUAUCUGUACCAGGAGAACAGGGCCAGUCUCGGGGCUUACGUAUUGGGGACAAGAUCCUAAACGUCAAUGGCUAUGACUUCAGAAACAUCACUCACGCUGAAGCAGUGAUGGUCAUCCAGUCUGCAUGGAAUGUCCUUAUGUUGGUGGAGCACCAGGACAACUCUAUACAUAAACAAGCACGUAGUGAAUUAAGUCUAAGACGACCAGUAGGCCAACAUCAAGAGCUUGAUCUAUUUAUUUACCCAUCAAAGAAUGGCAAACUUGGAUGUGGUGUCACCAGAGAUACUAAAGGUAACUUAAAGAUAGUGACAUUAGAUCAAGACUCCCCAGCAAGCAGGGCAGGUCUACACAUUGAUGAUUGUCUAGUUCAGAUUGAAGGUAUUCCAGUGUCUACACUCAGUGACCAACAAGUCUUUGCCUUAAUUCAAAAUGUCAAGAGAAUAGGCAUCAAAGUGAACAGACAAAGCAGUCAUCAUCUUGAUCAACUAGAAAACAAAGUAGGCAAGCUGUCCAUAUCAAAUGAAUCACCUCAAAGCCUUCUGCAGUUUUGGUCUUCCACACCGAGAAACUACACAAGCAAUUGUGAAACCAAAGAACAGGGCAUGAAAGCUCAUGGUCAUUCAAGAACUUGUUCCAAAUCUUUAUUCAACAAUUUAAGUUGACAAAUCUAGUCAUUUAGCUGUUCCCACAUUUCUAUUCAUUUUGUAUAUAUAUAUAUAUAUAUAUUGUACAUUAAACUUUUAAUUAUAAAUUUUUAAUCAAUAAAUAUUUAUCU